AUGCCGAGCACCGCCCGAACAAGGAGAGGCAACGACUUCGGCAGAAGUCGUGACAGCUCCCGAAUGGACUACAUCAGGACAUGGACAUUGAUUAUAUCGUUGUGCACUCUGACUCUGAAGAGGUUGGUGGUCCUGAGGGAGCUGGAUAAGGAGCUCAUCUCUGUGGUCAUCGCUGUCAAAAUCCAGGGUUCCAAGAGGAUCCUGAGGUCCCAUGAGAUAGUGCUGCCCCCUAGUGGCUCAGUGGAAACUGACCUGGCUCUCACCUUCUCACUACAGUACCCUCACUUCCUGAAGAGAGAGGGUAACAAGCUCCAGAUCCUGCUGCAGAGGAGGAAAAGAUACAAGAACAGGACUAUCCUGGGAUACAAGACCCUGGCUGUAGGAACCAUCGACAUGGCUGAGGUAGGAACACAAUGAGAGAAGACCCUGGCUGUAGGAACCAUCGAUAUGUUUGAGAUAGGAACACAAUGAGAGAAGACCCUGG